ACUUUCCUUGUGAUCUGAAGUGUAAUGUAUUUCUUCAUGGUGUUUGAUGAAGUGGACCUUUGUGGGCACAUAGUGUUAGCAUUUGGUCACAGAUUCCACCUGCCACCACUGGGAGGUGCAGCAGAAGCUGUGAGUUUUGAAUCUGCCACACCCACUGGAGGUUGUGCCAGUAUGGCUCAUCUGUGUUUGCCUGCUGGCGGCUGCUGCUUAGCGGGUCCCACACACAGGCAGUGGCCCUCUGGUGCAGAUCCACUGCCCCGACAAACCACCCAAGCUAGUGUGCCAGGUGGGAGGGGAGGGAUGCCUUUGCACAUGUGAGCCUGCUCUGCACUCACUGGUGGCCUGCCUGGGCUGCUUGGCUUGCUGGGGGCACCCAUGUGGUGGCUGAGCUGCCUCAGUGUGGAGCAGUCCUGCGGGCUGGGGUGCAACUCUGAAAGUGAAAGCCUUCCCGCAGAGGCCUUCCUGUUUCCCCAUGUCCUCUCAGAGUUGCAUGCCAGCUGCUGUGUGAGGUCCCUCGCCCUAGAUCACUGCUGCUGGGAAGGGGGAGGAGAUCUGCUCAUUUCCUUCCACUGCUUCCUGGGAAUCCAGGACCCCCACCUUCAGACCUUACGGCUGCGUGGCUCUCUCAGACGUCCUCUUGCGCUGUGUGGCUGUCCUCUGUGGGUUAAUGAAUGUCCUUUUGGUUGUGUCUUAGCGGGGAGAGACUAAAGGAACAGCUCACUCCACCAUGAUGAUGUUACUCUCCCCAGAGUUUCAGUUUUACAAGAUGAAAAGAGUUCUGGAGAUGGAUGUUGGUGAUGGCUGCACAACAUUCUGAAUGUAGUUAAUACGUCUGACCUGUACACUUAGAGAUGGUUAAGAUAAAACAAUAAUGGAAGAAUUAAAGCAACUGAAUGGAUGUGUGAGCAUGCUGAGGCACACCAGUGUACGGAAGUGAGGAAGGCUGGAGUGGGAUGGAGUCUUGAGAUGUUCCAACAAUGUUAUUUGAGAAACUUCUGACAAGUGAUAAGGAGUUGGAAUAACAAGAUUAAUUUGAAGACAACAGUAGACUGAGAUCUCAGAAGAAUGUAGGAAAAACUUUACCUCCUGUUGCUUGGACUGUGUGUGAGUGAAAACCCAGAAGACAUUUGGCAGCUGAGCUAGUGACAAUGGAAUCACAAGAAUCAGUGACCUUCGAGGAUGUAGCUGUAGCCUUCACGCAAGAAGAGUGGGCUCUGCUGGACACAUCCCAGAGAAAACUAUUCAGAGAUGUGAUGCUGGAGAACAUCAGUCAUCUGGUCUCAAUUGGCAAUCAGUUCUACAAAUCAGAUGUUAUUUCCCAUUUGGAGCAAGGAGAGCAGCUUUCAAGAGAAGGGAUAUGUUUUCUGCAAGACCAGAGUCCAGACUGGGAAGGUGAUCUUAAAAAACAAGAAGUGAUAGGCAUGCAACAUAUCUGCAAGAAGGACACAUCCUUAAUCAGUGCAAUGAGUUCUCACACUCAAGAGGAUUCUUUUGAAUGUAGUGAUUUGGGAGAAAAUUUUACUGAAAUUUUAACGUUGACUCAAUGUGUGAUGCCUCCAAUGGGAAAGAAACCCUAUAUCAGCCAAGAAUUUGGAAAAGCCAUCAGUUACUUGUCAUCGUUUAAUCAACUUAAGCAAAUUCACACUAGAAGUAAAUCAUAUGAAUGUCAUCAGCAUGAGAAUGCUUUUAUUCAAGGCUCUGCCCUUAGACAACACAAUAAUCCUCAAACUGAAGAGAAGACAUUUGAAUGUCAUGUAUGUGGGAAAGCCUUCAGUAAAAGUUCUAACCUCAGACGACAUGAGAUGAUUCACACUGGAGUGAAACCACACGGAUGUCAUCUAUGUGGAAAAGCCUUCACUCAUUGUUCUGACCUUAGAAAACAUGAGAGAAUUCACACUGGAGAGAAAUCAUAUGGAUGUCAUCUGUGCGGGAAAGCCUUCAGUAAAAGUUAUAACCUGAGGAGACACGAGAUAAUUCACACCAGAGAGAAACCACAUGAAUGUCAUCUCUGUGGGAAAACCUUCACUCACUGUUCUGACCUUAACAAACAUGAGAGAACUCACUUUGGAGAGAAACCAUAUGAAUGUCAUCUAUGUGGGAAGACAUUCAGUAAAAUGUCUUAUCUUAGACAACAUGAGAGAACUCACAAUGGAGAGAAACCAUAUGAAUGUCAUCUAUGUGGGAAGGCCUUCACUCAUUGUUCUCACCUUAAAAAACACGAGAGAACUCACACUGGAGAGAAACCAUAUGAAUGUCAUCUAUGUGGAAAAGCUUUCACUGAAUCUUCUGUUCUUAGACGACAUGAGAGAACUCACACUGGAGAGAAACCAUAUGAAUGUCAUCUGUGUUGGAAAGCCUUCACUGAUUCUUCUGUCCUUAAACGACAUAAGAGAACUCACACUGGAGAGAAACCAUAUGAAUGUCACCUGUGUGGGAAAGCCUUCAAUCACUCUUCUGUCCUUAGACGACAUGAGAGAACUCACACUGGUGAAAAACCAUAUGAAUGCAAUAUAUGUGGUAAAGCCUUCAAUAGAAGUUAUAACUUUAGACUGCAUAAGAGAAUUCACACUGGAGAGAAACCAUAUAAAUGUUGUCUGUGUGGGAAAGCCUUCAGUAAAUAUUUUAACCUUAGACAACAUGAGAGAACACACACUGUUAAGGUAAUAAAUAUGCAAGAGUCACUACCCGUAGCUUCAAACUAUAAACACUCUUGAGGAUUCACACACAUUGAUGAAACACUAUGUUUGUAAUCAGUGUAGAAGAUCCUUUAUUAAUCCUUGUUACUUCACUCAACUGAAGUUAAUUCAAAGUGGAGAGAAUUCAUAGGUAUGUCAUCUAUAUGACAAAACCUUUAGACAGUGGACUGACGUGGGAGACAGUAUAUGACCUGGGAGAACUAACUGUAAAUGAAUGAAUGUGGAAGAAUCUUCAUCCACAGCUCUGAAACAAAAUGGAGAAAUCACAUGUCAGAGAAAUGCUAUGUAUGUAAUCAAUAUAGAAAUACCUUCAUUUAUAAUUUGUCUUCUAAAUAAGUAAGUAAACUGCACAGGAAAGAAAAUCUAGAUUUUUAAUCACUGUGCACUCUCCAUUUAGCACCACUCUUGGCAUACACAAGAAAAUUCGGUGUCAAGUAACUGCUGAAACAAGAAAUAAGUCAAAAAAAUUUGUUACUAGGAUGAUAGAAUUUUGUUGCCAAAGGGCUUUGUGCAACAAGAACAAACUAGGACAUGAAGAAUAUCGAAGAUAUUUGGAGUAUCAUUUUCAGAAUGCCUAACAUAUUUACACUAAUUUAUGAAAUGACAAAGUACUGCCCCUCCUAGUGACAGGCAAAGCCAGGAGAGCAGAGGGAAGCCAAGAGAAUCUGUUCUUGCCCAUCUUCCCCUGUCACAAUAGCCAUGAAUCCACACAUCACCAACUGGGAAUGAGACCCUUGAGUCCCAGCCCUUCUCACACACAAAUGCAGAAGGCAAGGAGAAAAAAAGUGGAGCUUCUCCUCUGCCAGGAUAACAAGAGGCUUGGUCCUUGGUACUCAGUUGAACGUGACUGAUGUCCCUGUUUCACAAGUGUCAAAACUGAGAAAACAGAUGCAUAUAAUUAACAGCCCAUGUUUUUCUGAGGGAAUAUGCAAUACCCUUCCCACUUUAUUUCUGUGCUUUUGUUUGAAUUUAUAUUAUUGAUAUGUCUUCAAACGGACUAAUUUUGUUUUCUACAAAAGUCUAUUAAACUCAUCUGUUAACAUCACCCACAGACCAUAGUUUCCCAAACCCAGCAGUAUUGAAUUUCUCCAUCUCUUCAUGUUUCUUUUCAUUUCCUCUAUUUUAUGUAAUAUAAUAAUUACUAUAAAUUCCUUUUCUCCUAAUUCCAGUCUAAAGAUAUAUGUGGGUUUAUUCAUCAUGUGUCUUUUUUCUUUAUUUUUCUAUCUCCUUUCCAGCUUCUUUGUAAAGAUCUGUUGCUUUUUUUUUCAAUUUUUGUUAGACAUUGUCUAAGAAAAAGGAAGAGACUGAGGUUGAGGUGGUUUUACCCAGAGAGGUUGACUGUUCUCUCUCUUAGGUAGAUAGAGUGAAGACAUCACUUUUUCCACUAGGAAUUGAAAGACACUCAGGCUGGGUUGCAGCCUUGAUUUCAGUCAGUCUGACCUUCAUUCCUUUCAGGUCAUUCUUCUGAAUUUAUUACAGGCAUCUUCCAAAGUACCGUAAACUGAGAAGGUAUUACACUGACUUUCUCGUUCUGUCCCCACCUAAUAACCUAUGGGGAAAAGCAGCCUGGUAUUGGAGGUUCUCUAUAUUUCAAUAAGCCCACCCCAGUCCACAUGUCCAUAUGUUCAUCUGCUUGUUUUUAUUCCUGAGUAGUGUCUUUUUGCCUGUUAUUUUCAGAUUUUGGAAGCAGUUUCCCCAGCUGUGGAAAUCAGAUGAUCUCACCUCUCCUAACAAGGACUCUCCCUUUCUGGAAUCUUAGUUCUUGUAGUCCUCUCUAGUUCCACAACUCUCUAAGUUUAAAACAAUACACUUUUAAAGUGAAUCUUUAUUUUCUAUUUCCUGUCUUGGCUCUACUUACACACGUUACCUGGAAGCAGAAAUCCCAAUAUUUUGCUUGAACAAAUUUCCAGCUUAUUUCUCCUCAGUCCAGAAAGGCUAUCUAUUUUUUCUGGGAUUAUCCUCCCAUGGUGUUAAUUUUCAAAUGCUUCAGGAGAAAAACCAGUAUGGACGUGGUACUCACAUUGUUGGGCUUCCUGUUUCUCACAGAUUGUAUCUCAAGUUCUGUCAGAACAGGCUGCACUCCAGUGCCUUUAAACAGUUAUGUAUUUUAUUAAGAUUUUAUUGUUGAUAUUGGUUGGUCGGUCCAAUGAAAGCUACUCAGUCAUGGAAGAAAUGAAAAUAUUUUACCCUGAGAUAUUUUAAACCAAAGAAUGAUUCAUCUCUUAUUUUAACAUAUAAAAUAUUUAAACCAGAACUUUGAAAAUACUACUGACUAUUCAUAUAGGAAAAAUUCUCCACAAUUGACAGCUUGUAAUUACAUUAAAACCUUGAUGCAUCCUCAUGGGAAACUGGUUUAAUUAUCUCCACUUUCCUAAUUUAAUUUUUGGUGUUGCUUUUGUAUCAAACACCCAUAUGCAGAUCUUUUGUUUUCACCUCUUCUACCUUAUGGCACCAUAAGAACCAGCUCUUCUGGGCUCUGAUGAAGGUCAGCACACGUUUUGUUCCUGUUCCAUGUGCUCCCCACCACCCCCUAGUCUUGGGUUUCCAUGUUCAUGUCAAAAUGUGACAUGUCCCAUUAUCAAAGCGCAAGUACAGGCAUAGCCAGCUUUCCCUUUAAUGAUUGUGUGUGAGCAAUUGUGUGUGGUCAGAGGGCAUAUGGUGAUUGUAUGAUCUGUGUACAGACAUGUUUCCCUGGUGUUUGUGUGACUUAGAGAAUGUAAGCCAUUAUGGCAUCUGUGACAGUGGUCAGUGUGGAAGGUCCACAUGUAAUUGCCAGAACAUAUACAUGUGAUACCAAGUUGUAUGUGUGGCCAUUUGUCAUGUGUGUGUCUUAGGGUUUGCAUGUGUUAAGAGGAUGUUGUAACUGUGGGAUCAGUGUGUGUGAUCUUUGUGUUUCAGAGUGUGUGCAAGGUCAGAAGUGUUGUCUACCAGGCACCUGUUCAACAGUCAUCACCCCUGGAGCACCAGUGAGUCCAGCAAAGGCUCACAGGGCACUCUGGGGAGCCCAGGAAAAGUAAAACCAGCAGUGGAGUCAAGCUUGUGGGAUUUGCUGGGUCUAUGGAGACUGGAGGGGCCAGAUCCUGACCAGUGGGAAACUAGAAUCCGGGGUCUGAAUGGAUCAGAGAUGGGGAACCAGUGGGCAUCAGUGAUUGUGGCUCUGAGUGGGAGAGUGGGAACUGAGUUAUAGAGAUCUGUGGUGGAAGUCCUAUACAUUUGGGGAUUGAGGAUCCUAGGUUCUCCACCAGGCAAAAGGACCAAAACCACUUUGAGGCAACAAUCCCAAGGCAAAGAUAUGGGGUGAUGUGUUGUUGAUGGAGGAAGGAGGGGCAGAUGCAGAAACACCUUGGGGUAGGGCAGAGGAGGCACAGGCUGGUCCCCACUGGCCUUGCCUUUCUCAAGGCCCCACUCCUACCAGGCCAUAUCCCACCUGACUGAAGCCCUGCUCUGCCCCUGCCCCAUCUUGGGCAAGGCCCCUCCCUGACCAUAUCCCUCUUGGGCCAAGACCCACCUGCCUCUUAGUUUCGGAAGUGGACUUCAGAGCGAAGGUCUCACUCCAGUGACUAAGCCCUGGUCUUUGAGGUUCAAACCCAUGCUCUGUGGCCCCCUCCUUGCCCCAUCCUCCACACCCACAGUCUAGGGGUCCCUGCAGAUGCCACAGUCCACGCACCAGCCUGUCCUGCUGGCAGAGAGGCCAGCGUCGUUUGAAACACUCAGGAUGCCGGUUGUUCCACUGCCAAGUCCGAGUUAUUUCUGUUUCCAGUUAAAAUUAAUGGGAGGCAGUCCCAGCCUUGCCGUUCUGCCUUUGGGCUUUUCCAUGUCUCCUGUCCCCACAAGUUAGGUUCCCAUUCAGGAAGCAGAUUAUCGCCCUUUACCACCAUCACCCUUGUUGACCCCUAAGAGCAGCCCCCACAUGCCACACUAUCUCCUGGUCCUAGGAUUCUGCAGACCACAGUCUUCCCAACCCUUCUGUGUUCUCCUACUCCUGGGGGCCAGGCCCUGCUGCUCUGCAGGUCUUUCCUUCACAGUCCGCCUCAGGGAGGCCCCUGAGCACUGGGCUGGGGGAGGUUUCCUGCCUCUGUCCUCCUGACAUACCAUGUCCUUCUCGUCCAAAUUUCAUCUCCCUCAAUGUCCCUAACACAGUAUGUUUACGUUCCUGGUGUCUCACUGGAAAGUGAGCUCUUCCUAGGAAACAGGCAACUUCCAUCCAUUGGUGUGGAUGUCUAGGUAGGGUGUGGGGAGAUGAGGGGGAAAGAGAAUCACAGGGAGAAUCAGGGACACAGAAUGAGUCAAACAGUGAGGGAGAAUAAGUCAAAUAGAGGAUGGGGAGUUAUGUGAUGUUUUGAUAUAGUAAGCAGUGAGCCCACGAGUCCAACUGUUUAUGAUGAAUAAAUUGCUCAGAGCCAUUUCUAUAGCAGACCUUCUUUCCUGUUUUCCAGUGCCAGUAUUUGGGUCUUCUUAAUUUCAUAUGUUUUGAUGGUUUAAUGUGAUCUUCUGGAUAAGAGGAAUUAAAUGCUAGAGAUCAAUGUGAGUAAAACCAGGAAUGAGAAAUUCCUCUUGCUCAGGUCUAUGAAACAUGGUCUGGAUUCUUUAGGGGCAGGAGUAGGAAAGGCAAACCAUCCUGGCCAUGUCAUUCCUGUGGGGCUGGAGCUGGUUACUUUCUACUAGCCCAUUCUCACCUCCUUGUCUGCCCCAUUCCUAAAUAGGGAUUUUUCAGCUCUAUUAUAACCUUAUGGGACCACUGUUGUAUAUGCAGUCUGUCAUUGACCAAAAUGUCAUUACGCAGUGCAUGACUGUACCCAAAUAUAUGCUGCCUACAAAAAAUUCACUUCAGUUUUAAGGACACAUGGAUGCAAACUGAAGGGAUGGAAAAAUAUAUUCCAUGUAAAUGGAAAUCAUAAGAGAGCAGAGGUAGCUGUACUUAUAUAAGACAAAAUAGACUUAAAAGCUGUAACAAGAGACAAGAUCAUUAUAUAAUGAUAAAGGGUUGCGUCUAUCAAGAGAAUAUAACAUUUGUAAAUAUAUUAAACAAUACCAAACCUGUAGUAAAAUGAGCAUUGUAUUUUUAUAAUGAUGGAAUGGGGAUGCCUACCAAAAUAAAACAAAAAAGUAGACAGCAUAAAAGAAAUGUUUAUGUUUCACUGUAUAAAAAUUAUAACUAAAAUAUAUCAGUGUACACGUGUAUGUGCAUAUGUCUGUGUGCAUGAUAAAACUACAGAAUAUAUGUAAAGUUACAUGAAAAAUGAGCCAAGUAGGAAAGUUAAUU